AUGCUCCUCCUCCUCCUCCUCCUCUCCCCGCUCCGCCUCCGUCGUCCCCUCACCCCUCUGGAGGGAGGAAGGGGGGGGUCGGGGCGGGGCCCCAGCGUGGGAGAAGGAAGGAGGAGGGGGGGCUUCCGCGGGGCCUGGGGGCCGGUCCUCGCGCGCGACCGCUCCCCCCCCCCGCCCGCCCGCCGCUAUCGCGGCCGGCGCCGGUCCGCCGCCGGUCCGCCUUCCCGAGCCGAGCCGAGCCGGGUUGGCGGUCCGAGCCCCGUGUCUCCUCCCGGGCGCAGCGCCGGGCUACUGAGGGAAACCCCGGGUCCCGGUCGAAGGAGGACGGAGGUGGUGGCGGCGGACGUCGGGCGCGCCCCUGCGGGCGGACGCUCCCCCGCCGGCGGCAGCCGGGGGAGGCACCCCCGCGGGGCCCUUCGGGUCGUUUCCCUCACCCCAGGGCCAGAGAGCCGCGGCGCUGUCGGCCGCGCGCUCGACCCGCCCGCCUCGAGCGGACGACCCCCCGGCGGGAGCGCGGGCUCACCGUCGGGGGUCGGGGAUCGGCGAGUUCCCCGCGCCGGCGGGGUCUCGCCCGGGCGACCGUCGGGUCGCCGCCGCGCCUCAGUCCGACCCCCUGGCGCGGCGCGGCGCCGCGCUCGCGCUCCGGCGCGCUCCGUUCCUCGGCGCCGGCCGGCCGAAGCCUUCGGCGGUCCCCCCGCCGCCGGCUGCCGGCGACGUCGGCACCCCGGCCCGCCGCCCCCGGCGGCGGCGGUACCACCGCCGCUCCGCGCGCCGGUCGUCCCGGAGGGUGCCCGCCACCGGUCGCGACGGCCGUCCCGGGCCGGGCCUCCCCCGUCGCUGUCCCUUGCCUGCCCUCCCCGGCCGAGCCGGGCAAGGAAGGGGGGCGGGCAGCCGGCGGGGGGGGGGGGGAGGGCGGCUGACUGUCGGUCUCCGCGUGGAAACGGGGAGAGCGAGCGCUGCCCCCACCCCCCCCCCCCUCAGCCCGGCUCAGAGCCGCCUGCCUUUCGUGCCCGGCCCGUGUGCUCGCGGCGAGGUGAGCGGAGGGGUGACAGGCGGCGGCGGUUCCGGGAGGGCGGCCGGCCCGUCCCGGUGGACGGGUGCCGUCGGGCGGCCCCGCGGGCGGCGGAGGCGCCGCGCCAGCCGCGGGG